AUGCUGAUGGGUCAUCUCUCUAUAGUACACCGUUAUCACCACAGAGUCCGUAGAUGGCGAGAACAUCAACUCACCCUCAAUAAGUUUACGUUACAUGACAGCCCUACACGUUUGAGGGUUGAAUCCUUUUUCCCAGAUGACAGCCCUACACGUUUGAGUGUUGAAUCCUUUUUCCCAGAUGACAGCCCUACACGUUUGAGGGUUGAAUCCUUUUUCCCAGAUGACAGCCCUACACAUGACAGCCCUACACGUUUGAGUGUUGAAUCCUUUUUCCCAGAUGACAGCCCUACACGUUUGAGGGUUGAAUCCUUUUUCCCAGAUGACAGCCCUACACGUUUGAGUGUUGAAUCCUUUUUCCCAGAUGACAGCCCUACACAUUUGAGGGUUGAAUCCUUUUUCCCAGAUGACAGCCCUACACGUUUGAGUGUUGAAUCCUUUUUCCCAGAUGACAGCCCUACACGUUUGAGGGUUGAAUCCUUUUUCCCAGAUGACAGCCCUACACGUUUGAGUGUUGAAUCCUUUUUCCCAGAUGACAGCCCUACACGUUUGAGGGUUGAAUCCUUUUUCCCAGAUGACAGCCCUACACGUUUGAGUGUUGAAUCCUUUUUCCCAGAUGACAGCCCUACACGUUUGAGGGUUGAAUCCUUUUUCCCAGAUGACAGCCCUACACGUUUGAGUGUUGAAUCCUUUUUCCCAGAUGACAGCCCUACACGUUUGAGGGUUGAAUCCUUUUUCCCAGAUGACAGCCCUAUACGUUUGAGUGUUGAAUCCUUUUUCCCAGAUGACAGCCCUACACGUUUGAGGGUUGAAUCCUUUUUCCCAGAUGACAGCCCUACACGUUUGAGUGUUGAAUCCUUUUUCCCAGAUGACAGCCCUACACGUUUGAGGGUUGAAUCCUUUUUCCCAGAUGACAGCCCCACACGUUUGAGUGUUGAAUCCUUUUUCCCAGAUGACAGCCCCACACGUUUGAGUGUUGAAUUCUUUUUCGCAUAUGACAGCCCUACGCGUUUGACUGUUGAAUCAGUUUGA